CGCUUCUCCGCCAAAGAAGAGUUUGAUAUAAAUGAAGAGAAAUUAUUUAUUAAAAAUGAUGAGAAGGACAAAAUAAUCAGUGGUUUAAUUUAAAUGAUAAAGAUAUUAUAAAGUUAAUUAAGCUGUGUAGUAGGAUGUCUGAGUCUGGGAUUUUAAAGGUCUCAUACAUUUUUCCAAAUGGAGACAAAUAUGAGGGUGAGAUCUAUCAGACCUCAGACGGCGUGAUGAUGAGGAAAGGUUUCGGCACACAGACCUCAUCCUCUGGGACGACAUACACCGGGGAGUGGAAUGACGAUAAGAUGAAUGGCAGUGGGACGCUCUCACACCCCUCAGGAGCUGUCUAUAAAGGCCAGUUCAGAGACAACAUGUACCACGGCAGCGGAACAUACCACUUUCCUGACGGGUCCAAAUACUCCGGAACGUUCAGUAACAACAGACUUGAGGGUGAGGGCGAGUUCACUGACCUGGAAGGACUCGUGUGGACUGGAAACUUCCAUGGAAAAGCAGCGCCAGGGCUUAAACUAAAACUUAAUAUGUAACACACACACACACACACACACACACACAGACACACACACACAUUUUCUUGUCUUUAUAGUGACCUUCAACUGAGUUAAUGCAGUUAAUUAAUACUGUGCUAUACUUAAAGCCAACCCUAAUGUUAAUAUUAGGAAUGAUUUUCUUGUGGACACACACACACACACACACACACUAAAUCAGCCUUAACACAGGCAGUUCAGGAUCAACAAAUAAGCAUGUGUUCCUCUUAUAACAGAGCACUGAUUGUCUCUGUCAGGGGAAAGGCUUCUUCUGAAACUUCCUUUCUGUAAGCACUUUGGAGAAUUGAGAACUUUUACUGGAGUGUUUUUUUAUCCGUCAGUGAUGAACAGAAUUAUAUAAACGAGUUGCUGUAUAUAUUUUAUUUUGCUCAACUCUUUAUGCUGUGAAAGCAGUUUGGAUUCAGUUUACUGAGCUGAUACACAGCUUCAACAUUAUACUGUAAUCAUCUAAAGAUCUAAAAUAAUAAGGACAUAAUAAUAAGAUCUUGCUCUAGAAACACUAGCAAAGCUGGUUCUGUCUGACUGUCUCUCUCUCUCUCUCUCUCUCUCUCUCUCUCUCUCUCUCUCCCCCUCUCUCUCUGUCUGUCUGUCUUUCUGUCUGACUGUCUCUCUCUCUCUCUCUCUCUCUCUCUCUCUCUCUCUCUCCCCCUCUCUCUCUGUCUGUCUGUCUUUCUGUCUGACUGUCUCUCUCUCUCUCUCUCUCUCUCUCUCUCUCUCUCUCUCUCUCUGUCUGUCUGUCUCUCUCUCUCUCUCUGUCUAGUUUAACUGACUGAGCCAGUUUUAUUAUAAUAUCACUACAGUACAGAACAGAACCUCAGUAUACAAAUGUCCUUCCCUACAAAUUUUCACCUAUAGAAGAAUUGAAAAUUUGCAAGCAUUUUGCAUUGGCAUACGCAGCAUUUUCAGCAUAGGAACCGAACCAAAUUGCAGCUAAGUCGCACCUACGUCCGGGAGCCGUUCAAAACUUGUUAGCGUCAGUAGAAAGCCAAGUGAAGAGAGUUCACGAAUUUUAUGAUUUUUUUUCAGUCAGUGAAAGCUGUUUGGAAAGAGUCAACCCACGAUACCAACGUUGCCUUCGGCAUGCGUUCAAAUGCUAGGUGAUUUUUCGGGUUUUGUGGACAGAUUGGUGGCGUGGGUGAUCUGUUCUAUUUUUAGCCCAAGCUUGGUGGCACGACUUCCUGUGAGGGGCCUUGACAUGGAAUGCUUGGCUUGGGUCAGUUCUUUGUAAGCAGAUAUACAGCCAUACUCAAAUAACCGCUCUUUACGGCCAUGUUGAUCAGAGAAGCAUCUCAGAUUGAAUAACAGGGUUAGAACUACCACAGCAGAAGACCUCAGGUUCCACUCCUGGUAGCCAAGAACAGAAAUUUGAGGCUAUAGUGGGCACGGGAUCACCAAAUCUAACAGAAUGGAGGAAGACCAGACAACAUUAUUUCUAAUCUUCAUCUAUCUGGUUAUGUGAGGCAGUGUCCAGUGUAGCCUCAGAUUCCUGUUCUCCUGAGACAGGAGCAGAACCCCAUGUGUUCUUCUGCUGCAUGGAAGCCCAUCCACCUCUACAGUGUAAUGUACUGAGAUGCUUUUCUGCUCACCAAGCUGGUAAAGAGUGCUUACUUGGUUAUAGUUGACCUUUAAUGAAAUAUAUUUAAAUACUAAAUAUAAAGGCUGCAGCAGUAUUUUGUGUCAUUUGGUUAAAAAUGUGAUGAAAAUGAUGUCAAGCAUUACAUCAUACUCUUGAGGAAAGAUCCCAUGCUUUAGUUGGAAUCAGAAAUGCCCGAGGAGUGUGAAGAUGUGUGAGACGAGUGUCUUUCUGAGGAACACAUGCUUUUUAUGUUCACACACACACACACACACACACACACCACACACGCAGAGCUGAGCUCAUGACUGCAGUGAGACUAUCAGGAGUUGUGUAAGACCAGACAUGAAAGUUUCUUAUGUUGGAAAGUUUCUUAUGCAAAAGGCCACAUGAUAUUAUUUUAGCGUUUGUUUAAUGGUUUUUAUUUGUUUAUUUUUGCAACACAUAAAUGUUAAUGUUGAAACAAACCAAUAAUCAAUACAGUUAGUGAAACUGCUGUCACUACCUGUCACUGCUGUCACUGUGGUCACUGCUGUCACUGUGGUCACUGCUGUCAAUGGCCAAUCAGAAAACUGGGUAUUUUUUGAUUGAUUGAUUGAUGACCCCGGUGUGUCAGUGAUGUCUCUGUCUUAAUAAAUGCUGCAAAUGCUGUCUUGAAAAUAAAGCAAUAACGUAAGCACAUUUGCUUGCUUCAGAAAUU